UCUGAGACCUUAAGACAAAGUCCCUGAAUCCCAGGCCUGUUGCAAGUGCCAUCAUGAGUAAGAAUCAUUUCUUCCUGAAGGGACCAGUCUCUCUUGUUUAAUUUGGAGAAAGUUUGCAGUUUUUCCAAGUGGCAAGUUACAUGUAAUGCAGCCUUCCUCGUCGUGACCUUGAAAUCGCCCCCAUUCCGUGAGUGGAGAAACAAUUCCCUCUCGGUGCCUUCCCGCUCCGCUCCCUGCCCCCUUAAAUCGCGGUGCCCUCCAGGAUGUCGGUGGCACAGCCGCCACUGCGUUUCCCAUUGGCAGCAGUGAGCCGAGGAAGCAGCGGCUGCAGGAGGAGGAGACCGAGGCAGGAGCAGCUGCUCUCGGAUCGGAUCUCCGCAGCCCUAGCUCCUCGCGUCGCGAUCUCAGCAGCCUGAGAGGCCCAGCUCGGGCCCGGUCUCGGCACAGGGCUUCCCGCCGCCCGCACUGCGAUGCCAGGGCGCGCCCCACCCUGCGAGGCCCAGUGCAGCCUGGCCGCCUGGCUCUGGGUCUGCGCGCUGGGCGGGCUGUGCGCGCUGGGCACCGCAGGGUCCCCCGGGACGCCGCGCCCCUGCCAGGCCCCGCAGCAGUGGGAGGGACGCCAGGUCCUGUUCCUGCAGAGCAGUGGACACAACAGCCGGGCGCUGCUGUCCUAUGACGGCCCCAACCAGCGCGUGCGGGUGCUGGACGAGAAGAAGGCGCUUAUCCCUUGCAAAAGAUUAUUUGAAUAUAUUUUGCUCUAUAAGGAUGGAGUGAUGUUCCAGAUUGAACAAGCCACCAAGCAGUGCUCCAAGUUCCCCCUGACAACAGCCUGGGACCCUCUUGACAUUCCGGACAACUCCACCUUUGAAGACCAGUACUCAAUUGGAGGCCCUCAGGAGCAAAUCACUGUCCAGGAGUGGUCCAACAGGAAGUCGGCGAGAACCUAUGAAACCUGGAUUGGUGUCUAUACAGCCAAGGAUUGUUAUCCUGUCCAGGAAACCUUCAUCCAAAAUUACAGUGUAGUCCUGUCCAUGCGGUUUUUCGAUGUACAGCUGGGCAUUAAAGACCCGUCUGUGUUCACUCCUCCGAGCACGUGCCACACGGCCCAGGCUGAGAGUAUGAGCGAGGACUGUGCUUGGUGAUCUGCAGACAGCAGGAACCUCAGCUGGGAGCGGAUCUGAGAGUCUUCACUGCACAUGAAGAUAAUGUAGGGUGAUAAACCCUGAUGAGAGUUUGUUCAUAUCUUUGACUGUGGCUACUUGGCUACAUUCACAGAAGGAAACUGGGUGGAUUUUCUGCAUGUCAGUGCCAGGCUGUCCAAAGGCGUGGGGGGUCAGCAUGAGUGUGUCUUGGCAGGGUUGAGUAUUUCAUUACUGAUGCUGUUAAGAAUUGAUGGCAAAAGUACAAAGAAUGGCCCCUGUUUUGCUGCGCCAGUGUGGCAGUUGUCCCCACUGACCCCCAUCCCUGCCUCCACUUGUCCCCUCUCUCCCUUUGGCUGCUAACAAAAUGAUCCCUUAAAAUGCCUUCUAUACUGACGAGCUUUAUGGUAUGACCUGAUGGAUAUAAAUAUUUUGGAAGGAAAUGAAAGGCCUUAAUGCAAAGUAAUAAUUUCUCAAAAGGGGAAAGGAAAGGGGAGAAAAAAAUUAUAAACAAAAGUUGGCACAAUCUUACUGCCUAUACCUAGAGGAGCGUGGGCCAUAUAUGUGCUUGCUCUUUGCAGGGUAUCAUUUACUGUGCUGAAUCUACAGAGACAGUGGGCAGAGGGUGUUCUAAAAUAGCACAGAAACAGGUUUCAGGCGACUAUCACCUCCCAAAUCCAGGGUUAGAAUUCCCUUGCACCUCGCACUCUAACUUCCUCAGGUGUUAAAUGCACUAGGCUUUCCUCACCUUAGCCUUCCUGGGACUCUAUUUCACAACCUCUGUGUCUAUCUGACUUCUGCUCAUCUUUCCUAGGUUGGCUCGCACAUAGCCUUCUCUGAGAGCCACGCCUAAGCCCAGAUGAGUUGCGUUUGCAGCUUGACAAGCGUGCUUUUCUUGUGACACUUAUUAUGCUCUGGGCCAAUUUCUUGCCUCCUGGACGCCAUUCUCUGCUGUCCUGGUUAAGAGUCCCCUGAGUACGGGUACUGUGUCCUGUUUUCUUUUAUAUCCCCAGCACCAAGCAAGUGCCUGGUACACAGUGAGUGCCCUCAACAUUUGUAGAGUGGCAAAUACUGCCCUCUGGCCCUCAGUUUCCUCUUGGGUUAAGUGGGGUUGAAUUUGCUGAUCAUUAGGGAGAUUUCCAGCAAUGCGAUUUAUUCUAGAUUCUCCCAAUACUGUGUUUAAUCUGCCAACUAUCUGUAACUAUCAGGAGAAAUGUACGAUACCUGUAUUAUGCUGAAAACAAUCUGUAUUACUCACAGUUUAUCUAUAUAAGUAAAUAAAUUUAAUUGCAUCUCCAAGCA